GCAGUNAGGGGUUUGGGGGUCACGCCAAGUUAUACAAUGCGGAAUUGCAGUUAAUAAGAAGGCAUCUUUGGGCGACCGAGUAUGGGGCGUUGUGCCAUUGGAAAAAAAUGGAUCACACGCCCAAUACGUUGUACCAGAUUAUUGUAUAUCUCCUGCUCCUAAGAGCUUAUCAAAUGAACAAGUUGCAUCUGUUCUUUAUGCCGGACUUACCGCAUGGUCGGAUGUUUACAUUACUGGUCGCUUUUGUGAUUCACUAUCCAGUGCCAGUGGAAGAGCAAGAAAUCGAGUCUUAGUGAUAGGCGGUUCUGAUAGUGUUGGGUCACUGGCGAAACAAAUACUAAAAUCUCAAACGGCAACUGUAUUUGCGACUUGCAGUAAAGAAGCGUUCGAGCAUGUAAGAAAUCUAGGUGCUGAUUUCGUAGUCGACUAUAAAAAUACCGAAGAGCUCGAAGCUUUGUAUUAAGGAUUUUUCUGCCGAAGCGGCUGUUCUAGCUGAUGAGCGCGACAACCUUCGUCUGGCCGAUCCCGGAAA